UCUCAAUUCUUUAGCUGAAUCGCAAUACGCUGGACGUAUUCAGCACCGAAAAAUACAUACAUCAUAUUUCUUUUUGAGUGUGUCUGACAAGCAAAAGGAGUCACGUACGCGUAGUGUCCUUAAUUGGGAGGCAGCAUAUAAAAUUCAGCUCAAAACUUUUUAGACCAACAUACACCCUUACACGCCCACUUCUAUCUUGCGACAAGCGCUAGAGUUUAAACGCACAUAGGUAAACAUUGUUUCUCAAAAGCACACACACCUACAACGAUGACCUGGUUUAGUGGCGUAACUACGUCGUGUGUCAGUGAUUUCCGGUGUAAGCGGAAGUGUCACGGCUAUUUGUUUUUGGCAUGUGCUUUGCUGUUGAUUGCGGUGCCGGUGAAUGCACGUCCCAAGGAAGCGGAGAGCGAUAUUGUCGUACCGCUAGACGAGGGAGUGCCGCUGAGUGAGGAAUAUGGCGAUGUAGAUAAUAUUGAGUUUCAUCAAGCUAAAAUUAUUGAUGGCAUAUUAAAGGAGGAUCAUCCAGUUAUAAUGUACAAAGAGGAUUUUGUUAGCGAAGAUUUUGUUCCCAAAAAGAACAAAACUCAUCGCUUGCGAAAACAUAAAGAUCCGGCGCACCGACGUCGUCGUAUUGGUGAUAAUUCUGCCUCUGAGGAAUAUCAUCCGCUGCAGCCGGAAAAAAUCUAUUUCGAUAUAUUAUCAUCAGCGCCCAUUAUCGCCUCAGAUGAGUCGAAGGCGGCCUCGUCAAAAAUGCAUGUAGAAGUAAUUUCCUUAGCUGAUGCUGACUCCAAACUGGUAGAGAACAAGGAUGAAGUGAAGCGCGUGCUUAAUAAGCGCCCAAAGAAAUUCCAUCACCGUCGACAACGUCGCGACACCGAUAGAAACGGGGAUGGUGCACAUGUGGUGCAAAAGCGCAAUCCAUAUUAUAGAUUUUCAAAGGUUUCUACCAACGCCAAUAGCUUAAGUGGUCCAGCACACAUUGCCAACUACUAUCUGCCUAGUUAUCCACCAGCAAAGCGCUUUGAAAAACAUCCAGUUGCUGGAGAAUACUUUAACGGCCCCAUCAAUGUCAUUCAAGUUGCUACAAGAUUUGGUGACCCCUCCAAUAGGGAUCGUGUGGUUUGGCGCGAUUACACGCCAACUAAAAAUCCCAAUCAACGUUUAAACAUCACAGUUGGACCCCCUGCACCGCUAUUUCCUCAACGAACUACACCUACACCAUUGCCAGUUGUAACGAGUGGGCCCGUUAGCAGACCCCAGUCUAACUUCAAUGGUGCGGGAUCUAUUCCUAAUACCAUAGUCACAAAAACGCCCACUCGUUAUCCCACAGCAGCUCCACCGACACAAUCUUCCUCCACCGCCUGCGUUUGGGCCAUCGCCAGCUGCUGUACGCCCAACGAGCAAGCUGUGCGGUAUAACUGCUUCCAACGCUAUGGUUGUAAUUUGGUCUUUUGGAAUUUGAAUCCUUGCGCGGAUAAUAUACGCGACAAUGUUGUCAAUUAUCUGAAUCAACAAUUCGAAUAAUAUGAAAAGAUGAGAAGCGUAACCAUAGUUUAGUUUGUAAGUUUAAGUUAUUGUGUUUGUUUUGUUUUAAUUAUAAAUUUUUGGAUUUUUUUAAUUAAUUUUAAGUUUUAGUAUCUGGAGAGCUCUGUGUUUUUUUAAUGUGCUAAUUUCUCAACAUGUGUAUUAUGCAGCUAUGCAAAUGUAUUUAAUGUAAGCUUUUUGUCUAGCGUCUUCCGUCAAGUCUCAAACGAUGAAUUUGAAAAAAAAAUAUAUAAUAUAUAUAUUUAUAACA